UCUCCGGCUCUGUCUCCGGCUCCUACUCAGCGGUGUUUAAAGAGGCCGCAUGCAGCUGCGGCAGUGGCCAGGCGGGCGAUGGGCUUGGGGCUAGUGGACUGUCACUGCCAUCUCUCCGCCCCGGACUUUGACAGCGAUCUGCAUGAUGUGUUGGAGAAAGCCAAGAAGGCCAACAUUAUGGCCCUUGUAGCAGUUGCUGAACAUGCAGGAGAAUUUGAAAAGAUUAUAGAACUUUCAGAAAGGUAUAGUGGAUUCAUUCUUCCAUGUUUGGGUGUUCACCCAGUUCAAGGACUUUCACCAGAAGACCAAAGAAGUGUCACGUUAAAGGAUUUGGAUGUAGCUUUGCCUAUUAUCGAGAAGUAUAAGGAUCAGUUGUUGGCAGUUGGAGAGGUUGGGCUAGAUUUCUCCCCCAGAUUUUCUGGCACUAAUGAACAGAAGGAAGAGCAAAGACAAGUCCUAAUCAGACAGAUCCAAUUAGCCAAAAGACUAAAUUUGCCUUUAAAUGUUCACUCACGCUCAGCUGGAAGACCUACCAUCAGCCUCUUGCAUGAACAAGGUGCUGACAAGGUACUGCUGCAUGCAUUUGACGGUCGGCCGUCUGUAGCCAUGGAAGGAGUACGAGCUGGGUUCUACUUCUCAAUUCCGCCUUCUAUCAUAAGAAGUGGGCAGAAGCAGAAACUUGUGAAACAAUUACCUUUGACUUCUAUCUGCUUAGAAACAGAUUCACCUGCACUAGGACCAAUAAAACAGACACGGAAUGAGCCCUGCAACAUUUCCAUUUCAGCAGAAUAUAUUGCCCAAGUGAAAGGAGUCUCAGUGGAAGAAGUUAUGGAAGUGACAACACAGAAUGCACUGAAACUGUUCCCUAAGCUUCGACAGCUGCUUCAGACAUAGCAUCAAAACCACCCAUUGCAAGCCAGGCACCAGUGGCUCAUGCCUGUAAUCCUAGCUACUCAGGAGGCAGAGAUCAGAGGACUGAGGUUCAAAGUCAGC